AUGAUAUCCAGCAAAGCUGUUAUGUCCUUUGAAUGGAGUCUUAUGACCAUCGCCUACGUCCUCGUCGCUGCCCGAGUUUACGUGCGAGUUUGGCUACGCAAUGCGAAGAUAUACUCAGCCGAUUACCUUCUCUUCGCCGGUUUGGCAGCAUGUCAAGGAUUGCUUAUCUGCGAUACCAUGACAUAUCGAAUGAAUGCAAUGGACGAUUUUACAAUAUCCAACGUGGCUCUUAAAAAGAUCCGAUUUGCGACGAAUUACUUCUUCGACUUUGGCAUUUACUUUCCGAAAUUCAGCAUCAUCGCAUUUUACUUCAACCUCGUUCCUUUUACGCACCCUGGAAUGCGCGCUCUUCUCUACGCCCUGGCCGGUCUUACGGCAUCUUUUUCGCUCGUCACUCUUUUCAGCGACACGUUUUGGUGCGGGCCGGACCCUUCGGUGAAUUGGUUGGAUACGGAUGAAGAGCACUGCCAGGCUUUCAUGUCGAUGAAGCUCAUGAGAAUAAACUGGGCAAUGAAUUUCACCUCUGAAGUGUUGAAUGUACUUUAUCCCUUGCCAUUAUUGAAGGAGCUCAGGGUAAAUUCCAGGCGGAAAAAGGCUGGGCUUACCGUCAUCUUCGGACUCGGUCUCAUCACCAUCUUCGUCAGUAUUGGACGCUUUAUCCAAACAACCUUUGUCAGCAAUGACAUCUCGAUAUAUAUUUGGGCAACAGCCGAGAUAUGCAUCUCAGUCAUGGUUGUAGCUAGCACAGCCCUUCGACCCCUACUACGAAAAAUGUCAAACAUGAGUAUGCUCAGUAGCCUCGAGCGAACACGACACCACCAAGCAGGACCUAUACGCCCGGCACAAAAUAUGGGAGUUGGAACCAUCGGAUCAGGGACAUACUGGAACAGGAGGAGGAGAAAAGACAGCUUGUCAGGAAGCGAAACGGAAAUAAACACGACGAAUGGGAUUGUUUUGACCCGGCAGGUCAUGGUGUCAAGGGAGACAAUUGUUGCGAUACCCGAAGUACACGAGGUACAGGAGGAGUUUAAAGUUUAG